AUGCCCCACGGGGUGGAGAAAUGGAUCUGUGGGGUGGAGAAAUGGAUCUGUGGGGUGGAGAAAUGGACCCAUGGGGUGGAGAAAUGGAUCUACGGCCUCCGGGGAUGCUCCCCGGCCGUUCCUCCCCCGAUUUCACCACCUUGGCCCGGCGGCUUCCGCUGCCAGGAAAGGGGAAGGAAGGAGACCCCGAGGGGCCGGGGCGGGGAUGGGGCGCGGCUGGAGGGGCCCGGGGGGCUUCGGGGGGCUCUGCCUCGCCCUGCUCUGCUCCGGGGCCGCUCUCGGCUUCCGAGGGGAGGAGCCGGGAAAUGUCACCGAGGGGAUCCCGGAGGGGACACGGGACCCCCCGGAGCCACCAGGGCAGGGACACGGGGACGCGGUGACGACGUGGCCGAGGGCCACCACGAGCGGGGACCUGGAGGUGACACCGGAGGUGACACUGGAGGUGACACCGGAGGGGAACCAGACCCGAGUGUCCUCGGGUGUCCCAGCCCGUUACUGGUCCCCCGUCCUCUUCGUGGCGCUGGCCCUGCUCGUGCUCUUCGUCACCUACCGCAGGACCAAGGACAAAGGGAUCCGGGACCGGGCCACGAGUGGCAGCGACUCCUCAGAUCUGGGAGCUCUGGUCCAGCCCCAGGAGCCCAUCCCAAAAAUCCCGGCCCUACAGAGGGAAAGGAAGGAUCCCGAGAACCCCCCGGAACACGGCGAGACCACCCUCGACCCGCCCCGGGAUCCGGAAUUCCUGGGAUAAAGGGAAUUCCUGGGAUAAAGGGAAUUCCUGGGAUAAAGGGGAUUCCUGGGAUAAAGGGGAUUCCUGGAAUAAAGGGGAUUCCUGGGAUAAAGGGAAUUCCCGGGAUAAAGGGGAUUCCUGGGGAAAAGGGGAUUCCUGGGAUAAAGGGGAUUCCCAAGAAAAAGGGAAUUCCUGGGAUAAAGGGAAUUCCAGGGAUAAAGGGAAUUCCUGGGAUAAAGAGAAUUCCCAAAGAGAAGGGAAUUCCCGUGGAAAAGGGAAUUUCUGGGGAAAAGGGAAUUCUUGGGAUAAAGGGAAUUCCAGGGAUAAAGGGAAUUUCUGGGAUAAAGGGAAUUCUUGGGAUAAAGAGAAUUCCCGGGAUAAAGGGAAUUCCUGGGGAAAAGGGAAUUCCUGGGAUAAAGGGGAUUCCCAAGAAAAAGGGAAUUCCUGGGAUAAAGGGAAUUCUUGGGUUAAAGGGAAUUCCCAAGAAAAAGGGAAUUCCUGGGGAAAAGGGAAUUCAUGCGAUAAAGAGAAUUCCCAGGAUAAAGGGAAUUGCCAAAGAAAAGGGAAUUCCUGUGGAAAAGGGAAUUUCUGGGGAAAAAGGGGCUGGAAAAUAUUUGGGAGCAGCGGGAGGGGGUUGA